CCCAAAUUUAUUUUCCGGGCUAUAAAAGCAGCUGCCGGCUGCCGAAAUGUUCAGUUUGAUCAUCUAAAAAGUAAAGACAAGAAACCUCCAAGCAACAUGAACUUCUCGUGGCUCACCAUCUUCGUCCUGGCCCUCUUUGCCAUGACUGUUUUGGCCCAGAACUGCCCAGCUCUUGAGAAGAGUGGUAACAAGUGCACCGCCAAGCGCACCAUUCGAGGAGAGUGCCCCUGGAUCCCAAUACAGUGCAAUGUCAACCUGUGUGUCUACAAGCACUAAAUGAAUAAAUAAAUACUAAAUAAAAACUAAUCAGCCGUUGAACACAUUUAAAACGAUUUGAAAUCAAAACUGUUUUGCUUUGCUGCUUAUCAGCGAGGUGUUAUCAUGUGGGCUGCCUUUCGCCAGUUCAGAUCAGUGAACUAGACUAAGGUCGAAUGGAUGGAAUCAUCAACUUAACAUAUAUGUUCCUAUAUAAGUUGCAUUUCAGUUGCAUCCGUUGAAAUAGUUGCAUUUUGUAUUUUACAGAGAAAGCGAAAAGGAUACUAUACAAUCUUCAAAUAUGCUUCUGAAAUGCACUUGGCUUUUGCUUUUGGUCCUGUCUUUGAUGGCAGAAGCCUGCCAUCUCCACCACCGACCGAAAGCAACAAAUGCACUAUUGAGCGACCCAUCCACGGAUCCUGUCCACCGGAUCCUCCUACAACCUCAACAUCAACAAGUGUGAUCGCUCCUAAGGAUCUCAACUAAGGAUCUAAUUUCCAUGUUAAAAUGAAGAUGCAGGAAAUUUAAAUUGAUUAUCUGCAGUCUAGAAAAUUCUUUUUCUUAGAAAGUGUUUAUAAAAAUGGAAAAAGUAAAUAAAAUAAAAUAGUGCAAAAAUACUAAAAUUAAA